GGUAUCAUCUGUUAGCUGGGGUAACGCUCCGUAAAAAGCAUUUAAAAUAAUACUAAUAAAAAUUGCUAUAAUAACCUGCAAAUAGGUUGUGUUUUUUAGUAAGCCUAUUCAUACAGUCAGUUACAAUUAACUGUUCUGAGAACAUUUUCAUUAAGCACAUAUUUAAACACAAUGUAUAUAAUGUGUCCUCUCUACGGUAUGAUUGUAGAGCCUGCUAAUAAAUCAACAUCAGAGCGCCACCCUCAGGCUAAAUUACGUAAAGACACGAGACCUCCGUCCAAUGUGCUGUGCGCCCAGUCAGUCUAUUCAUAUAUAGCCGAGAAACUGAUACACCCAAAUGUAUAGUCAUAUUUAAACUUGAAGGAGCAAUGGUCUGUGAUUCACAUCCGCUCCGGGCCGUGAGUCGCGGAGCUUUAUUGCUACACAAAUUUUACCUCUGGGCAGCAAAAAAACCCUGCCGUGUUAAUAUUAUUAGAUCAAUAUUUCCAACAUAAACGUUUCUCUCAAACGUGUUGGGUUGCGCAGAAGAACGCCCAGUCGAACAUCCGCCUUGAACAGCGGUUUAAUGUGAGAGAUCUGUACGGCAGAUCUUCAACAUUAUUCAACACUAUCAACAGCCGAGUAAUCUCUUACAAUAGAAGGACCAGGUGGAUGAUCUGGAGUAUUUCUGACUGGCCAGUGGCCAUCUCACAGAGUUCACGCGAGUUUUGUACAAAUGAACUGUAAUGUUAAUCUCACCUUUGACCUGCAGGUGGCGACAAGUUCAGGGUUUUCAAGAUCUGCCGUAAUAAAAACUGCCAGACUGUCUUAAACUGUCUCGUGCUUCUUUAGUUCAAACCAGAAAAUCAGAGUAGUUUAUUGAAUUGUGUUACGUUAGUUUUCCAGUCAAUGGAAUAGGAUAGAAGUUAUAGAUAUUAAAAAGCAGCUGUGUCCAGUGAAGAUCUUCUUCCUCUCACAUCAGGACUGAGAGCAGGUGUGUGUGAAGAUGGCCAUCCAUGUAGAAGGACUGCUGGCCAUCAUCAUCUUCUAUCUGUUGAUUUUAAUGGUGGGAAUUUGGGCAGCAUGGAAAAACAAGAGGUCCGGGAUAUCAGACGGAUCAUCCCGCAGUGAGUCGAUCAUGGUCGGAGGUCGAGACAUCGGAUUAUUUGUCGGUGGAUUUACAAUGACCGCAACAUGGGUUGGUGGGGGUUAUAUAAACGGCACGGCUGAGUCGGUGUAUGUGCCCGGCUCUGGCUUGGCUUGGGCUCAGGCACCGUUCGGUUACGCUCUUAGUUUAGUCGUAGGUGGGUUAUUUUUUGCCAAACCCAUGCGCUCUAGAGGUUAUGUGACUAUGUUGGACCCUUUCCAGCAGCUCUAUGGGAAGAGAAUGGGCGGACUUCUCUUUAUUCCUGCUUUACUGGGAGAGUUAUUCUGGUCUGCUGCCAUUUUGUCAGCCUUGGGUGCUACACUGAGUGUGAUUGUAGACAUAAACAUCAGCGUGUCAGUGGUGGUGUCAGCGCUCAUAGCAGUUUUCUACACACUGGUGGGGGGACUUUACUCUGUCGCUUACACAGAUGUCGUUCAACUCUUCUGCAUUUUUCUGGGAUUGUGGAUGAGUGUGCCGUUUGCUCUGUCCAAUCCCGCUGUGUCAGACAUCAGUGUUACCGCAGUGAACGCAGUGUUUCAGACGCCCUGGCUGGGUGAGAUCCAUCCAUCUGACGGCUGGAUGUGGGCUGAUAACUUCUGUCUUCUUAUGUUGGGUGGGAUUCCCUGGCAGGUGUAUUUUCAGCGAGUUCUCUCUGCGUCUUCAGCCACUUAUGCUCAAGUUCUGUCAUUUCUGGCUGCGUUUGGAUGUCUGGUCAUGGCCGUCCCUUCAGUCCUCAUCGGCGCUAUAGGAGCUUCCACAGACUGGAAUCAGACGUCCUACGGUCCGAUUCCUCCAGUGGAGAAGGAUGAAUCUGACAUGAUUCUGCCGAUUGUGCUUCAACACCUCUGCCCUUCCUUCAUUUCCUUCUUUGGUUUAGGGGCGGUGUCAGCUGCUGUGAUGUCAUCGGCGGACUCCUCCAUUCUUUCUGCUAGUUCCAUGUUUGCCAGAAAUAUUUACCAGCUUGCUUUCCGUCAAUCAGCCUCUGACAGAGAGAUUGUGUGGGUUAUGAGGAUCACCAUCUUUGUGUUUGGGGGAUUAGCAACAGCUAUGGCUCUUCUGACUGGUUCUGUUUACGGUCUGUGGUACUUGAGCUCAGAUCUAGUGUACAUCAUCAUCUUCCCGCAGCUUCUGUGCGUGCUGUUCGUCAAGGGCACCAACACGUACGGCUCCAUCGCAGGGUACCUCUUUGGACUGCUGCUGCGGAUCGGUGGAGGGGAACCCUACCUCAGACUGCCCCCUUUCAUCUACUACCCCGGCUGGCAGUCCCGGGAAAAGGUGCACCAUCUCACUAAGGAAGUGGAGCACUACGUAGAACAGAGGUUCCCCUACAAGACUGUCUCCAUGCUGGCUUCACUAUUGAGCAACGCGGCUUUCUCACAUCUGGCCAAAUAUCUGUUUGAGAGUGGAGCUCUGUCCCCGAAGUAUGACUUUCUGGAUGCAGUGGUUUCUAAGCACAGCAGAAAAACCAUGGACAAGACAACCCUCGUAGCAAAUGACAACAUCAAUCUGUCUGAACUGGCUCCUGUUGGAGCGAGACAUGGAAGUUCUCUGGCAGGAACGUUUAUAAACACAGAAGCACUGACUGAUGAGGGCGACAUUAGCCCAGCCUCCAACAACGAAUACGAGUAGAGACUGUUUUUCUGCUGCAGGGAUGAGCGUGAGCUUAACGUGCUGAAGAUAAAAUAAAUAAGUAGCAGUCUGGAGGACAGGAGGCCAAACUGUGCAAUAUUCACAGACUAGAAAUAAGUAUUACUAAGUGUUUGUUAUCAUGUAAUGUGAUCUCAUGAUGUUUUUCUUUCUCUGCACAGUUUAUCUGUUUUAGAGCAACAAUAUUUUCUGAACAUAAGGUAGGGUUAGGGGUUACAAAUUUCACAUUUUAUUGAUGAUAGUCAUAUAGCAUUACAGUUAUACACUGUAACAGUCAUACAGUACAACAGCCAUACAGUGCUACAGUCAUAAAGCGUUACAGUCAUACAGAUUUGCAGUGAUACUGUAAACCAGCCAUGUAGUGUUACAGUCAUACAGCGCUACGGUCAUACAGUGGUAUAGUCAUACAGUAAAACGGCCAUACAGUGCAACAGUCAUACAGUGUUACAGUCAUACAGCGUUAUGCUCCUACAGUGUUAUGGUCAUACAGUGCAACAGUCAUACAGUGUUACAGUCAUACAGCGUUACGCUCCUACAGUGUUAUGGUCAUACAGUGCAACAGUCAUACAGUGUCACAUUCAUACAGCGCUAAGGUCAUACAGUUUUACAGUGAUGCAGUAAAACAGCCAUACAGUGUUACAGUCAUACAGUGCAACAGUCAUACAGUGUCACAGUCAUACAGUGCUACGGUCAUACAGUUUUACAGUGAUACAGUAAAAAAGCCAUACAGUGUUACAGUCAUACAAUACAACGGCCAUACAGUGCAACAGUCAUACAGUGCAACAGUCAUACAGUGUUACAGUCAUACAGCGCUACGCUCCUACAGUGAUUUGGUCAUACAGUGCAACAGUCAUACAGUGUCACAGUCAUACAGCGCUACAGUCACACAGUUUUACAGUGAUACAGUAAAACAGCCAUACAUUGUUACAGUCAAACAGUGUUAUAGUCAUACAAUGUUAUGGUCACACAGUGCAAUAGUCAUACAGUGUGACAGUCAUACAGUGCGACAGUCAUACAAUGUUACGGUCAUACAGUAUGACAGUCAUACAGUGUGACAGUCAUACAAUGUUACGGUCAUACAGCGUGACAGUCAUACAGUGUGACAGUCAUACAGUGCGGCAGUCAUAUAGUGCGACAGUCAUACAAUGUUACGGUCAUACAGUGCAACGGUCAUACAGUGCAACGGUCAUACAGUGUGACAGUCAUACAAUGUUACGGUCAUACAGUGUGACAGUCAUACAAUGUUAAGGUCAUACAGCGUUACGGUCAUACAGUGUGACGGUCAUACAGUGUGACAUUCAUACAGCGUUAUGGUCAUACAGCGUUACGGUCAAACAGUGUUACGGUCAUACAGUGCAAUAGUCAUAUAGUGUGACAGUCAUACAAUGGUACGGUCAUACAGUGCAACAGUCAUACAAUGCAACAGUCAUAAAGUUUGACAGUCAUACAAUGUUAAGGUCAUACAGCGUUACGGUCAUACAGUGUUAUGUUCAUACAGUGCAAUAGUCAUAUAGUGUGACAGUCAUACAGUGCAACAGUCAUACAGUGUGACAGUCAUACAAUGAUAUGGUCAUACAGUGCAACAGUCAUACAGCGUUACGGUCAUACAGUGUGACAGUCAUACAAUGCUACAGUCAUACAGUGUGACAGUCAUACAGCAUUACGGUCAUACAGUGUUAUGUUGGUCAUACAGUGCAAUAGUCAUAUAGUGUGACAGUCAUACAGUGUGACAGUCAUACAAUGAUACGGUCAUACAGUGCAACAGUCAUACAAUGUUACGGUCAUACAGCGUUACGGUCAUACAGUGUGACGGUCAUACAGUGUGACAGUCAUACAAUGCAACAGUCGUACAGUGUGACAGUCAUACAGCGUUACAGUCAUACAGUGUUACAGUCAUACAGUGUUAUGUUCAUACAGUGCAAUAGUCAUACAGUGUGACAGUCAGCAGUCAACUGCUACAGUUGUGUUUCUCAGCCUUUAACAAGUCGCUGUCUGUUUAGAAUGUGAAUGUGUAUUGGUUACGAUUAUGGCUCUAGCAAAACAUUAAUGAAUAUAGAUGUAUAUUUGAUAAUUCCAGUGUGCCCAUGUAUGGAGAACAUGUUAUUCAUUUAAACAAUGUUUUGUUGUAUACUUCUUUUAGUUGAUGUGAAAUAUAAAGUCUAUUUUUGUGUGGUAAGUGUAUAUGUACAUAUAUAUAGUGUACAUAUAUGGUUAUACUGUAUAUCUAACAUAUGAAUAUAUAAAUAGCUUCAGAGAUCAGUUAUAGAAGUUUUAUUUUGAUGACCAUUUCCGAAUGUAUCUUAAAAAUACACAGUUGUUUGACCUUGUAGGCUGUGUGUUUUUCUUAAAAUAGGUUAUGUUGGAGGCAAAGGAGCCCAAUUCUUAAAAAUAAA